UUAGUCAGCUGAGACACUAUCAACGUUUGUAAACAAAGUUUGUGUCACAUUCUCCUGCUUGAGGAAUAUUUAAUAAUAGAUUUAUAAAUGUCUGAAUACUGGAAGUCAAAUCCACGGAAAUUUUGCGACUUUUGUAAGUGUUGGAUUGCCGACAACAAACCCAGCGUAGAAUUCCAUGAAAGAGGCAAGCGACACAAAGAAAAUGUUCAAAUCCGCCUUGCAGAGAUGGGAAGGAAAGGCCAAGAAGACUAUGAGGCUAAACAGCAGGAAGGAGACUUUCUUAAAGCAAUGGAGGAAGCAGCACUGAAAGCCUAUAAGAAUGACAUUGAAGAGAAUCCUGACCUGACAGGCGUUAAGAUCAGCGAGGUCGCAGCGGCAAGUAAUGCAGAGAUUGUUGUUGGCAAGAAAAAGACGACAACAGAUACCAAGACCUCUGAAUUGCCUGUGACCAAGAAUUGGUAUGAAGCCAAAUCACCAGAGGGAUACACAUACUAUUGGCAUACUGAGUCAGGAGAAUCUACUUGGGAUGUUCCAAAGGAAGGCUUUCUUUCUAUUGCUGAACAGGAAAAAUUAAACAAAAAGAAUGAUACCAAAGAUACAAAUUCCAUUCAUAAAAGUACCGCAAGUAAAACUAAUUCAUCAACUGUAAUAGCAACUCAGAAAUCUCAAACUAAUACAACCCCCGUUUCCUCUGGACCAAUAGAGUAUGGACCCGCACCAAAAGCCAAAGCUUAUUCUUCUUGGCAAGAAGUUAAAAUCAAUGAACCUCAACAGACCAUAGACUACCAACUUCCACAAAUUGUUGAAGAAGGAUAUUAUGGUCCCGAAGUGUCAUUUAGGAAGCCCGAGGUCUCCUUUACAGAAAAGACAGUGACGCUCUCAGCCAGUGAUAAAGACAACAGUGGUAAUACUGGAUUUAAGAAGAGAAAAGCUACACAGGACAUUAAAAAGUGUAUGAGAAAAAGAAACAAUGAUUUGUAACUUUUUAUGCCUCCAUAAAUUUACAAUAAGCUCUUUUGUGAAUAAAUAAAUUUUAUUUAAUA